CGACCACGAUGCCACGUGGUCAGGCAGCAACGUUACCGCAGCCAGGGCCCAGCCAAUGGCUGCGCAGCGAUAUCGCACAUGCGCAGUGAUAUGUCCUCGGCGUGCGGAGCAUUGGGCCUGUGAAGAUUCUAGCAAUGUGGACAGCUGAUGAAAUUGCCAGUCUUUGCUAUAAACACUAUUCUACCAAACUACCAAAGACAGGUCUGCCAGACCCCAGACGGGAAUGGACACUACUUGCAGCUGUGGUAAAAGUUGAGGAAAAACCCAGUACAAAACCUUGUUUUAAUAACGAGAGAAAUGAUGUAACCCUGGAAGUUGUUGCAAUGGGAACAGGAACAAAGUGCAUUGGACAAAUAAAAAUGAACAAAAAUGGUAAUGUAGUUCAUGACAGCCAUGCUGAGGUGACUGCACGACGUGGGUUCCUUAGGUAUUUAUAUUAUCAACUGAAAGAGGCAUUUAAAGAGAGAAAUAGCAUCUUGGUUGCAGGAAAAUGCAAAGGAAAAUGGAGUCUUAAGUCAGGUGUUUCCUUUGUGUUUUUUAUGAGUCACACUCCAUGUGGAGAUGCAUCUAUUAUCCCAAAGGCAGAACAGGAGAUCAGACCUCCUCUAAACCCGAGAGCAAAGGAAACUGGUGAACAGAGAAGUAUCACUGUUGAAGAUAAUGAAAGUGCUGAAGAUAUACAAUUCUUAAGUAACCAAAAGCAUGCACUAGUCAUGAAACGAAAGUGUGAUGCAAGUGCCUUAGAGGUUCCUGUUAAAAGAGUGAAAAGGAUUGAUGGAAAUGGAGACUGUACAUCUGGCUGUAGCAGUAUUCCUGAAAGAAAACCCAAUGAUACUUCUGCAGAAGGAAAAAUUGAUGUCAGGAUAAACAAUAAUACAGCACAGGCAAUGCAUACUAAUAGCCUUGGGAGUGCAUCUCAUAACAUGGCUGCACUGGAUGCAGAUAAGACCAGACAGAUGCAAAUCACUACUUCAGAUGUACAUCGAACUGGAGCCAAGUGUGUACCAGGGGGUCUUCAAGAUCCCCUUGAGCCUGGAAUUAAUUACCACUGUGUAGAAUCAUUGAGGGUGAAGCCAGGUAGAGGUGACAGGACAUUAUCGAUGUCCUGUAGUGAUAAACUUGCUCGUUGGAACAUUCUUGGCUGUCAAGGAGCACUUCUCAUGCAUUUCUUUGAGGAGCCUGUGUAUUUCUCUUGUAUUGUAGUCGGACAGUGUCCAUAUAGUGAGAAGACAAUGAAGAGAGCUAUACUGGAUAGCAGAUGUCGCCACAUUACAUCACUCCCAAAAGAAUUCAGAAUUCAAGGUGUAAAGCUUCUCCAGUCACAUUUGGAGUUUGUGCACAGUCGCCAUUCACUACAAAGCAGCUCUGACCCCAAAAAAGAGAAAAUUGUACCUUGUGCAGCAGCAAUAAGUUGGUGUGCUGUUCCACAUCAGCCAUUGGAUGUGUCCGUAAAUGGCUUUAAACAAGGUGCAACAAAAAAGAUUCAUGGAACACCACAAGCAAGGUGUAAAAUUUGCAAGGCAGAACUUUUCAAUGAAUUCAGAGACCUGUUGAACCACCUUUCUGAAGAAAACUGUCCAGUAUCCCUUCGUUGGUGUACGUACCCCCGGGUAACCCGGAGUGGCUUGCAUGACUGGCAGAAAGCAUACAUUAAAAACCUACUGGGAAUUCAAGGAAGCUGCAGCAAAUUAUCAGCAAGCAUGGAAUGAAAUACAGAAGCAGGCAUUCGUUACUUGGGUUCGAUCCCCAAGGGACUUCCUGCAGUUUCAGUAGAGUGGAAGCAAAGUAAUAUAGCAGAAGUAAUUAAAGUCAGUUCUGUCUGGAUGAUUAUACGUAGAUCUCAAUAGAUCCAAUUUUCUGAAUUUUUACUGUUAACUUGAAUUGGAUAAAAUGUAUGUAGCAAACAUUAUUUUUAGUUGCUAAACUUUAAUGUUGCUAAACGUGUCUAGAUAAUCUUGACUAAUAGCCAGAAGUUUAGAAUGCAAUCAGCAAAUAAAAAAGUAAUGAUUAAAUUUAA